UUUGUCAGUUGGUCACCACCUCGACUAUCGCUUGAUCACAUUAAACACGACGACAAGUAGUACACACAUGUCAAAAACAGAUAUGAAAAAGUGCAAAUGUAAUUUAUAAAUACAGCGAAAUAUACAUGCAUUUAAACGCUAUGAUUUCUCUGUGAAACACUUUUCAAUAAGAACAUGAUCGCGGUGCGAUAAAUGGUAACGAUAAAUACUCGGAUUAAUGGAAUCAUUAUUAUUUAUGAAUUAGAAUAUCUGCUGCAUGAUACUGAUCCAAAACGAACUGUGCUAGCACACAAAUUAUCAAGUAUUUGUUCGAGUGGUAAUGAAUGGCAUCCGUUUUCUUGCCGCGGCCCGGCACAGAAAUUUGGGAUUUGGAAGUUAACGGGGUACCGGAGAAAUACAAUGGAGAAUCAAAAUCAUCAACGCCAACCACAUCCCAGCCACCAAUCGUUUUGGAGAAAAAAUGCACACGCAGUACCUGGACGGCCAAGUUUGAAGCAGGAGGUAAAGUCCGGUAGGAUAAGUCAUGCCGGUUCGACUCUAACGCCGGUCGGGCAAAAUGUGUUAGGCAACAGUGGGAGUGGUGUGACUUCUUUCAAAGAUUUUCAAGAGAGCGUUGACGAUGCUUGGGAUUCUGGUGACGAUGAGUUUUGCACCGUAUCCGACGUCAAGAUAUCCAAAAGAGUGAGUCACUCCGCAGCUCUGAGCGUUAUAAAUAGCCAUAGGACAGCAGGAGCCACUCAAAUAAAUUGCAAAGAUCAGCGACAGGAAAUAAUAUCGGAAGAGAAGAAAACAGAGGCUUUGCAAAGACUCGCCGUCCAGCCACUGAGGCUCAGAAAUGCUACUAUGAACACCCAGCAGCUACAGGGGAGUAACAACCAGAAUCAAAAUCUCGAAGAUCUGGAAGCAAGAAACAGUAACUCCCCGCAACAUAGGUCGCACCAAUUCCCCGGAAGACCGCAACCCCUGAGACAAAUGGGAGCUCCUCCGAAAUUCUUUGUACCUUCUAAGGAUCAAGAUGGAGAAAGCAAGGUUGACAAAUUCCAAUCGUUAUUGGAAACGGCCUUGUUGAAUCUGGACGAAUUGCGACAACUAUCGUGGUCAGGUGUCCCCUCUAAGCUGCGUUCCGUUACCUGGAGAUUAUUAUCCGAAUAUCUGCCCGCUAACUUGGAGCGCAGACGACAAGUCUUGGAACGAAAACGACUAGAUUAUUGGAAUUUAGUAAAACAAUACUACGAUACGGAGAGGGAUGAAGCGUUCCAAGACACGUAUCGCCAAAUACAUAUCGACAUACCAAGAAUGUCACCGCUAAUUACACUCUUUCAACAACCUACCGUUCAACUAAUAUUUGAAAGAAUACUCUACAUAUGGGCUAUCAGACAUCCUGCGUCCGGUUAUGUUCAGGGAAUGAACGACUUGGUGACACCGUUUUUCUUAGUCUUCCUUCAGGAGGCAGCGCCAGCUUCGGCUUGGCAAGACCUAGAAAAUUACGAAGUUGUUACUCUGCCCGAGGAUAGAAGACGAAUUAUAGAGGCAGAUAGCUUUUGGUGUCUGUCAAAAUUCCUCGAUGGAAUACAAGAUAACUACAUUUUCGCGCAGUUGGGAAUUCAGCAUAAAGUUAAUCAAUUAAAAGAGCUCAUACAGAGGAUCGACGGUCCGUUACAUCAGCACCUUCAUCAACACGGCGUUGAUUAUCUGCAGUUCUCGUUUAGGUGGAUGAAUAAUUUGUUGACCAGAGAGUUGCCUCUGCACUGUACAAUUCGUCUCUGGGAUACGUAUCUUGCGGAAUCCGAUAAAUUUGCAUCGUUUCAAUUGUACGUCUGUGCGGCGUUUCUUCUCCGUUGGAGACGACAUCUUUUACAACAGCCGGAUUUUCAGGGGUUGAUGUUGAUGUUGCAAAAUUUGCCUACACAAAAUUGGACUGAUUCAGAGAUCGGUGUUUUAGUUGCAGAAGCUUACAAGUUAAAGUUCACGUUCGCUGAUGCUCCUAAUCAUUUGCAAGCACACGACACCAGAUGACGACUUUUUUAUGCUUGAUCCCCUGGAAAAAAUAUUAAAACAAAAUGACCAAACAACGACGGCAUGACUUUCUUGCGAAUCCUUUCCAGUUCGAGUCAAAUUAUUCAUACAAAACGUGGUCUGUUACUGAUCGAUCGUAAGCGGAAAACGAAAAAACUGGAUGAUAUUUCAUAAUAUUCACUGCGUUAGAUGAUUAUUGUCGUAUUUACGACUGUAUUAUUUUCAUGGUGCUGCUAUUGCUCCUUUUAUAAAGAGUAAAGUUUUCCUCAUUGUUUUAUAUCGUAAUAAUUGUUCUUUGAAAAUCGUUGAGAAAGUAUAGGGUGUGCCCUUGAUAUUGACCAGACAAAAAAAAAAACAACGUUGAAUUAAAUCCGCGUUACAGUUGAAUCGUAUUCAAGUUUUAUUCGAAAUCUCAAAUCCAUAUUUCAGAAUAAAAAUAGAAUAGCCAAACUCUGAAAUAUUCUCCGUUCAUGCAGUUGGGGUGUCUGUCGAUUUAUGAAGGCAAUGUUGUAUACAUAUUCAGAAAAAAUGACUCCUCAGAUAACGGUCUUCGGUGUCAUUGUCGGGUGAAUAACACUACAUCGAGUAUAACGAUUAUAAUAAUUAACUGUAAAACCGCAAGCUGUCGCCUGUUCAUUUGUUAUCCUUAGAAUUGUUAUAUUUUUAACAGAAUACUUAUUAAUAAAAUACAUUUCUGGUAUAA